AAUCCAGUACAUUUACUGAUAUACAUGUUAUCACUUUAGGUAUUUUUUUUGGAAGAUGUUAAAUAUUCACAAGACUUUUCUUGCCGAACUUUGGGGAUUUCUUUUAAGUAAAACUUUGAAGGAAUUAUUGAAACUUUACUCCUGAAGGUUUUGCAAAUUUGGGAAAUUUUUUAGCUGAAUUUUUGAAUUUGUUUCAGACAGGGAAACUAUUUUUUUGAUGCUGGUAGGAGGGUAAAUAAAAGGUGUUUCUCCCGGAGCUGUCUCCAUGGAGGGGCGGUGCUGCACCUCCUCCUCCUCCACUACUCUGCUGCUCGGUCAGCUCCGUCAGUCCUCUCUAGAGGAUGGAGAUGUUCGGCUGUCUGCUCCCAGUUUACCACCACGAACAGAGGCAACCAUGAGGACGGUGUCAGGAAAUGUUGACCCGACAUGUGCGUCGUUGUGACGGUGUGUUUGUCCCGCUAUGAGCCGCGGAGCGCAGGUCGGGACAUGAGUGUCUGGAUCCUGACCGUAGCUGCCUUCAUCACCGGGCUGCCCGCCGGAGGAGCCCCGCUGCUGCUGCUGCUGGAGCCGGAGGAUUUUCUGGAGAAGUAUGGCUACCUCCAUCAGGAUCACCACGUUCACAACGCAGUGGAGGUGCAGUCAGCCAUCCGUGAGUUCCAGUGGCUGUCCCAUCUCCCCGUCACUGGUCAACUGGACAGCGCCACCCUGCGACAGAUGGCCGAGCCUCGCUGUGGGGUGUCAGACGAGGGCAGCCAGCAGGUCUGGGCUCAGAGAGUAAAUGUCGCCUUUACAGGAAAGAGGCAUCACCGCAAGAGACGCUCUGCUGGCCAAGCUGAGAAGUGGUACAAGCAUCAUCUGACCUACCAGAUCGUGAACUGGCCUCACCACCUGUCUCUGAGCUCCGUGCGGCUGGCGGUGCGUGCCGCCUUCCAGCUGUGGAGCAACGUGUCGGGUUUGGUGUUCCAGGAGGCUCCUGAAGGCCCCGCAGACAUCCGGCUGGCCUUUUACGAGGGAGAUCACAACGACGGGGCCAGCAACGCUUUUGACGGGCCAGGGGGAACUCUGGCUCACGCCUUCCUGCCUCGCCGAGGUGAAGCCCACUUCGACAUGGCAGAGAGGUGGACGCUGAACGGACACAAGGGACACAACCUGUUCAUGGUUACCGCCCACGAGAUCGGACACACUCUGGGACUGGAACACUCCCCCGUUCGCCACGCUUUAAUGUCACCAUACUACAGGAAACUGGGCCGCAGCCUGGUUCUGAGCUGGGACGACAUCAUUGCAGUGCAGCAGCUGUACGGUAAACCUUUAGGUGAUCGUCCUGUGAGGUUGCCAGGUCAGGUUCUGGACGCUGUGCUGCAGGAGUGGGAGUUCACAGAGCUUCAGAGCAGACAUGAGGCACCAGGACAGCCGCUCUACUGCCAGGGCGUCUUUGAUGCCAUCACUAUGGACCAGAAUGAGACAGUGCUGGUGUUUCGGGGCAGUGUGUACUGGACAGUGUCAGCUGAAGGCAGUGUGAGCGGUCCGCUGCCUCUCCGUCAGCGAUGGUCUGACCUUCCUCCUGCCAUCGAGGCUGCUGCCUUCUCCCCGCUGGACUCCAAGUGGUAUUUUUUCAAAGGGAAGCGUAUGUGGCGCUACAAAAGCAGUGUGCUGGACCUCGGCUUCCCCAGGAGGAGCAGUGACUUGGGGCUGCCUCGUCACCCGGACUGUGCCUUCUAUUACGCCCCACUGGGUCACAUGGUGGUAUUCAAAGGUUCCCGCUACUCUGUACUCGACCUUAAAACCCUGCACCAAGAACCCUACUACCCCCGCAGGUUAACAGACUGGACUGGCGUGCCGCAGGGGACCAACGGGGCGCUGACCCGUCCAGACGGACGCCUUUACCUGUUCAGAGAACAGCGGUUCUGGAGGUUUGACCCGGUGAAGGUGCGAGUCACCAGACAAGGGGAGUGGGCAAAAGAUCUGAGCUGGACUGGUUGCAGCAACACUCCUCAGAGCAACAACAUCCUUUGACCAGCAGAGGGAGCUGUAGGACUUGAAGUGCAAUUUGUUGAUGUAUUCUGUAAUAGCAGUGCUAAGACUUUAAGACCAACAUUGAGUUUAUAUGUUGCAGUGGUUCAAACUUGCGCUAACAGAACACAGCAAAAAUAAGGCUACUUGUUUUUUUAAAUGUUUUUAAUCAGUAUUUAUACUCAGGGGCGGAUCCAGAGUAACUUUAGUGGGGGUGCACAGGGGGGUACAGCAGGUAUUUGGGGGGGGUUGCCAUCGAAAAGUUGUAAGAAAAAAUGAAAGCUGCUACCGACCUCGCUUUUACAAAGUAUUUUUCCUGGGUUUUUUUUUUGUUUGUUUUUUGGCUCUUUAACCCAAUAGGAAAGCUGUAUAUGAUCUUUUCAUUUUAGACUGUUAACAUUUAAAUUCUGAUAAACUUGUUUCCUUGUUUAUGUGAAUUACAGCAUCAUCAGCUGCA